CGCCGGGAGCAUUGAGGGGAAGGGAGGAACCCCGCACAGCGCCGGAGGAAGGAGAAGCGGCGGAGCCCCGCGGGGCGGGCGCGGUGUGGACGUCUGGCUGCCGCCUCCCCGGUGCAUCCCGAAAGCACCGCGUCCGAGAUGCCACGGGCGAGCUGGACUCCUAAAGGCAGAGCUGCGUGACCCGCCGCCCCCCCCCGUGUCGGUCAGCGGGGUGGUCUCGCCCAGGCCGCACUGCAGGAGCCCGGGGGAAGGACGGGCGGUCACGGGUUCCAGCGACCCUGUCGUGAUGUCUCAGGAUGUGUCAAAACAUCCUCAAGAGCUGCUCUCCUUCAAGCCCAAGCCCAAGACCAUCCAAGUCAUCACCAAGGACCUGAUCAGGGAGCUCAUCAUUCCCCAGGAGAAGCCCAAACCAUGUCUCAUCAUUGGAGAAAAGGAAUAUGAGAGGAUCAAGGAAUCAGCUCGAGCCCCGACUGAGGUGGAGGGUUGGGACAGGCUGAAGACCCUGAGAGCCAGACAGGACGCAGCCUUCGAAGCCCUGAAAAAGGCCCAGAUUGAGGAGCAGAGAAAGGCAGAACUGGAGGACAAGAGGGACCAUUGGAGAGACGUGGAGGAGGAGCUGCAGCAGGAGGAGCAGAAGCUGCUGCAGCGGGUGACAAGGAUGAGGCUGGAGCAGGAGGAAGAUGUGCGGGAACUGAACUCGCUGUUCCUCAGUGCCAAGUGCAACAUGAUCCGGGACAAGCAAGUCCUGGAGAAGAGGAUGAUCCACAAGGAACUGGCGGAGGAGGAGAAGCGCUUGGACAAGAUGAUGGAAAUGGAGCGGGAGAAGGGCAUGGAGGUCCAGGAGGAGCUGGAGCGCCAGAGGAAGCAGGAGCUGAUAAGAGCCCGGCAGGACAUUGUGAAACAGAUGGAGCAGAACGCAGAGGAGCGGGCACUGAGGGCUGAGGAGCUGUACCAGGAGGGCCAGAGGCAGCUGGAGCGACUGGAGCAGAUGAAGAGGGAGGAUCAGAAGGCCUGGGAGCAGAAACAGGAGCAACUAAAGCAAAUCCAUGCCGAUAUUAAACGUUUCAACAUGGAGAGCCAGAGGCUGAAGGAUCAACAGCGGGAGCGGGAGAGGCUGGAGGACGAGCGGGUGCUGGAGCAGCAGCGGCAGAAGGCUGAGCGUGAGUCCGCCUUGGAGGCGGAGCAGCAACAACUGCGCCUGGAGAAGGAGAAGGAGCUGGCCCGGCUCAGGGCCACGCAGGAACGGGCCCAGGACUGGCAGGCAGAGCGGGAUGCUCUGAGGGCCAAGAGGAACCAAGAGGUCGCAGACCGGGAAUGGCGGCGGCGGGAGCUGGAGAAGGCACGGAAGAAGGCUGAGCUGGAGCAGCAGCUGAAGCAGGACCGGCUGGAGCAGGUGGCCCAGAAGGAGCAGUACCUGGCCAUGCAGGUGGAGCAGGACCGCCAAGAAUUCCAGAGGGUGCUCAGGGCCCAUCAGGAGCAGCUGGAGCGGGAGAAGCUGGAGUGGGAGCAGAGAGAGCACCAGCAGCACGCCUAUGCCGAGGAUCUCCGGCGGCAGAUGCAGGAGCUGCAGCAGCAGCGGCAGCAGGAGCGGGCGGCCGUCAUUGCCGAGGGCUGGCAGCAGCAGCAGGAGGUCCGGCAGCGCAGCCAGCGCCUCGCCCAGUUCAGGCAGCAGAAGCUGCAGGAAUUCAGAGCCACCGGAAUUCCCGACAAAUAUUUUGCCCAGGUGGAGCGCAGGGCUCGGAGCCGAGCCAGCAGAGCUCCUUCCUAGGCCCAGCCCCGUGAGGAACCAGCUGGGGUGCCCCACGGACUCAUUCGAGGCUCCAUUUCCAUUCUCCUGGGUGACAAGCACCACUCAAGGGACCCAGGGGAGGACCAGACCUUCCACAGGACCAUUGCUUUCGACAGCACUACAACCAUCACUUCAACAGGACUGCAUCCACCACCCUGACCGACAGGAUGCCAGGUUGUACUCUGUGGUUUUAACCCAGUUUUUCUGUAUCAUUGCAUUUAUUGUAAUCUUUCUAUUAAAUUGUAAUUCUGACUUGAAAUCUC